AAAUGUAUAUAGAAGAUCGAGUUACAAGUACGCCCCAUCUUUAAACUCAGUCUAUGCGCAGUUAGCCGAAGGACAACAGGACAGGCAAGAUACGUCCUGUGUCAGCAGUCAGACAAGGGUCAACGCCUAUGCCUUGACUACACUCUCUGGUUGAUGGGCAGCUAUCACAUCUACCGGGAAUAAAAUAGAUGAUUGAGACAAUGGAUACCCAGCGUGCCUUGCAGGCAGUGGAGCGUCUCCAGGCCAAGCUGAAGGAGAGGGGGGAGGUCCCCACCGAGGAGAAGCUCAGCCUGCUCAAGUCGGUGCUCCAGAGCCCCCUGUUCCACCAGAUUCUGGCCCUGCAGAAGUCUGUCCAGCUCCUCAAAGAUCAGGGUGUUGUCACAUCAACAUUUGGCGGUGACCUGAGUGAAUGCUACACAACAACCCAGGCCAAUGGUGGCCAUCUUGCCUACCCAGAAGCCUCCGCUGGUACACAGAUCAAUGGGAAGCCGUCUCCUGAGGAGUUUGAGCACAUCAUUCGCUCCAUGGCUCAGGGGCGCUACGUGACACACAUGGAGUUGGUGAAGCCGCUGUCUGGGGGCCUAGGCUUCAGCGUGGUUGGUCUGAGGAGUGAGAACCGCGGGGAGCUGGGCAUCUUCGUCCAGGAGAUCCAGCCCGGGAGCGUGGCCCACUGUGAUGGGAAGCUGAAGGAGACAGACCAGAUCUUGGCCAUAAACGGUCAGCCCCUGGACCAGACAGUGACCCACCAGCAGGCCAUAGGCAUCCUGCAGAGAGCGUCUGAGUGCGUGCAGCUUACUGUGGCCAGAGGACCCAUCCCUCAGCUGGCCAGCCCCGUGGUGUCCCGCACACCCUCCGCUGCCAGCACUCUGUCUGCCCACUCCAGCGCGGCCCACUGGAAUCAUGUGGAGACCAUCGAGCUGGUCAACGACGGGACAGGCCUGGGCUUUGGCAUUGUGGGAGGAAAGAACACUGGUGUCAUUGUCAAAACCAUCCUGCCUGGAGGCAUCGCUGAUCAGGAUGGGCGUCUGCACAGUGGGGACCACAUCCUCACGAUUGGGGACACUGACCUUUAUGGCAUGGGCAGUGAACAGGUGGCUCAGGUACUGAGGCAGUGUGGUAACAGAGUGAAGCUGGUCAUCACCAGAGGCCCUCCAGAGGAGACCUCCACCGUCACAAUGGCGUUGCCCACUGUCACAGAGCAACAGGGCUAUGAGGAAGAGGAGGCUGAAUCGUUCGACGUCGAGCUGACCAAGAACGCCCAGGGUCUGGGAAUCACUAUCGCCGGCUAUGUGGGGGACAAAAAUUCCGAGCCCUCUGGUAUUUUCGUGAAAAGUAUAACUAAAGACAGUGCAGUAGAGCAAGAUGGCCGCAUCCAUGUUGGGGACCAGAUCAUAGCCGUGGACGGUAUGAACAUCCAGGGCUACACCAACCAGCAGGCCGUGGAGGUGCUGAGACACACGGGCCAGACGGUUCACCUGAAGCUGGUCAGAAGAGGCUUCCGUCCAGAGGACAUCCCACCCGCUGUGGUGCCCAGUGUGAUCGUACUUCCACCAACCCCAGGGGGCAGAGACCCCACACUGGAGAGAACAGAUGUUGCGGACACCACCGCUCAAGGUGAGAAACAGGACCAGGCAUUGAGUGAGGAAUCGGAUGUCACCACUGUGAAUGAUCAGUUAACUAAGAACACCAGAGAUGAAGCAACGCUAACAGAGGAUGAAGAGUUGGAACUGAUGAAGAAGUGGCAGGAGACUCUCGGCCCCAGCCACAAAGUAGCGGUUGCCCAGGUGGAGAAGUUCAGUGAGAGCAGUGGUCUGGGCAUCAGUCUGGAGGCCAACAAUGGGCACCACUACAUCCGCUCUGUCUUGCCCGAGGGGCCAGUGGGCCGCUGUGGGAAACUCAUCAGUGGGGACGAACUGCUCGAGGUCAAUGGAAUAUCCCUGAUUGGUGAGACCCACAAGGAAGUGGUGAACAUUCUGAAGGAGCUGCCUGUCUGUGUCUACAUGGUCUGCUGUAGGCCCGCCCCUCUCCUUCAGAGUGACAGGGAUUCUGGCCAAACAGGGUUGGAUGAAUUUUCCACUGAACCUAAAAUGAAGAUGAUUUUAGAGGGAUUUCUCCUCAGCUCUUCAGCUGCAUCAGUUCAGUUACAGGGAGACCUCAACAGUUUCCUGGUUCCCGGAGGUUCCGAGGGGGCGGCAACGAGGGAAAAUGUGACGGAGGAGACGCUGGGCGCUCCUUUGGCCAUGUGGGAGACGGAAAUACAGGACAUCGAGCUGGAGAAGGGAGAGAGUGGACUGGGAUUCAGCAUCUUGGACUACCAGGACCCAAUGGAUCCGGCCAAGACGGUGAUCGUGAUUCGCUCUCUGGUGCCCGAAGGAGUGGCCGAACAGGAUGGCAGGCUUUUGCCAGGCGACCGGCUCAUGUUCGUCAACAGCACCAACCUGGACAACGCCAGUCUGGAGGAAGCCGUCCAGGCACUGAAGGGGGCCAACAUCGGCAAGGUUCACAUUGGGGUGGCCAAGCCACUGCCUAUUGACUCCAAUGAGGUAGACCUGACCGAUGAGAGGGCAUUGGAGCAUCGCUUCUCUGGUGAGGAGGAUGACACCUUCCAGGCAUCCAUGAUCGCCCUUCACGGCAGCACCUGCAUCGCCGACCUGGACUACCAGACUACCUUGCAGUCCUCCACACCCAAGCGGAGUGCUCGCCUGGACUUGUUGACUGAGCAUCCCUUCGUAACGUUGUCCGGCCUUGCGGACGACACCGAACCCUUCUCCCCGGAGGAGAAGCCCAUCGCUUUCCCCCCAACCAGGAGUAUCGGAGGUCACGCCCUAGCGAUAGACAACAACGCACUAACUAGCUCCGAUCAGUACCUGGCGCAUCACUUAACACAAAUGGAGCCGUUGGAGAUGUCGAACUCCUACAGUCCGUACACUGACCCUGAGCCCUGUUUGAAUGAUAUGGGGGAGCCGGUGCAGUCUCUCCAUUUUCAGGUGGAGCCCACCAUGGCCGUUGGGGACAUAGGGGAGAUGGAAGGCUUAAUGAAGGGAAAUGAGCCAUCUGUAAAGCAGUCGAAAGAGGAAGGGGACGAGGUUAUAACCACUGGCAGUCAUUUUGAAAGGACAAUCACCGUUGUUAAGGGCAAUUCCAAUCUCGGGAUGACAGUGAGCUCCAUCAAGGAUGGCUUGGGGAUGUACAUCCGCAGCGUCAUCCACGGAGGUUCCAUCAGCCGAGACGGCCGUCUAGGGGUGGGGGACCUAAUCCUAGUCAUCAACGGCGAGCCCACGGCCAACCUGACCAACGCCCAGGCCCGCGCCAUGCUCCGGAGACACUCCCUCAUCGGGCCAGACAUGGGAUCUGCUUGUGCGCCAGAGGACGAUCUGUGCCCCUUUUAUGUCAUUACGUAUGUCCCUGUGGAGUAUCUGGAGGAGUACAAGACUAGCCUGGAGCAGCCUAAAGAUUACGUCUUCUCUGAUGCACCUCCGACCCCAAAAAGAGAAAUCCCAGAACUCCCUGAGCGGGAGGAUGGAGAGGGAGAGGAGAGUGAGCUACAGAGCACCACCUUCAGUAACUGGAACCAGCCCACGAAGGUGGAGCUCAAAAGAGAAGCAGGAAAGUCCCUUGGCAUCAGCAUUGUGGGGGGCAGAGGGAUGGGCAGUCGCCUUAGCAACGGCGAGGUGAUGCGGGGCAUCUUCAUCAAACACAUCCUGGAGGACAGCCCCGCCGGCCGCAACGGAACUCUAAAGACUGGAGAUAGGAUUGUUGAGGUGGACGGUGUGGACCUGAGUGAUGCCAGUCACGAGCAGGCUGUGGAGGCCAUCCGCAGGGCAGGAAACCCCGUAGUGUUCCUGGUCCAGAGUAUCGUCCACAGGCCCAGGCCCAAGUCCCACUAUAGCCCCCCUUCGUCACCAGUCAUAGAGUACAGCACCGCUUUAAAACGCUUGCCUCAUCACAUGUGCCAGUCCUCAACCACGGACACCAACGAGGAGAGAGUGGCGGCCAUGGUGCGGCGCAAUAGUGACAAGAAGGUUGAGAGUCACAGUAGACUAUUCCUACGCCUCUCCCCAACUAACCCUUUCACUCCUACUCCGUUUAAGCUGCCAAAGCGGGAAGCGGGAAAGACAUCGUCCACCACUCCUCACCUCUCCCUUCCCAUGGUUCCCCACGUUGGAGAGACAAACACGGAUACCCUGACAGAGAUUCCCGACAAACCGGCCCAGACGGAAGAGGAGGAUGAGUUUGGCUACAGCUGGAAGAACAUCAGUCAGAGGUAUGGCAGCCUCCCAGGGCUUCUGCACAUGAUUGAGCUGGAGAAAGGGAAGACUGGCCUGGGCCUUAGUCUGGCUGGCAACCGUGACCGCUCUCGCAUGAGCGUGUUUGUGGUCGAGAUCGACCCCAGUGGAGCCGCUGGCAAAGAUGGUCUCGUUGUGGUCGGGGAUGAACUGUUGGAGAUCAACGGGCAGAUUCUGUAUGGGCGGAGUCACCAGAAUGCCUCCUCCAUCAUCAAAAGCGCCCCGUCGAAGGUCAAGAUCAUUUUCAUCAGGAACACAGAUGCUCUCAACCAGAUGGCUGUGGGACCAGUGAGGGAGCAUGGAGACACCCUGGAGCCCCAUACAGAGCUGGAAACAUGUUCUUCCAUUGCACCCUCAGCGAUCAAUGUCGACAUGUUGAAAUACGUGCAGCACGUCAUUCUGCCGAAGGAGGAGGGUGGAUUCGGCAUCACUUUCAGUGAGGAGGACACCAAGAAUGGGGUGGUGAUUCAGAGUAUAACUGAAAAGGGACCAGCAGGAAAGGACGGCAGCAUCAAAUCUGGAGAUAAACUCCUGGCUGUGGAGGAUGAGCCAGUGACGGGCUACACUGUGGAGAGGGUCCACUCUCUACUGAUGAACGCCAAAGGCUCAGUGAAAUUGACUAUCUGCACAGACGAGUCAUCGCCCCUUCUCCCCAACUGUACUGGUCAGGCCACCAGCCUACCCAGAAUCCCUAGCAUCUCCAUGGCUACCCUGGGACAGCCUGAGUCAGAGCCAAUCAGGAGCUCUAGUCGCUCGUCCACCCCUGGCACUCUGGCCUCCUCUGACCCUGUGACCUGUCCCAUCAUCCCCGGCUGUGAAACCACCAUAGACAUCUCCAAGGGCCACACAGGCCUGGGCCUCAGCAUCGUGGGGGGCUGUGAUACUCUACUGGGGACCAUCAUCAUUCACGAGGUCUAUGAGGAGGGAGCUGCCUCCAAGGAUGGGAGACUUUGGGCUGGGGACCAGAUCCUGGAGGUGAAUGGCAUUGACCUGCGCGUGGCCACUCAUGACGAAGCUAUCAACGUGCUGCGCCAGACCCCUCAGCGGGUGCGUCUGAGCGUGUACAGGGACGAGGCUCAGUACAAGGAGGAGGACCUGUGGGAUGCCUUCACCGUGGAGUUGAACAAGAAGCCUGGCCAGGGCCUUGGCCUCAGCAUUGUGGGGAGAAGGAACGACACAGGGGUGUUUGUGUCGGACAUAGUAGAAGGGGGCGUGGUGGAGAGUGACGGGAGGCUGACAGGAGACCAGAUCCUGUCCGUCGACAAGGAAGACGUCAGAAACGCCACACAGGAGUUAGUGGCCGAGCUGCUGAAGUGCGGUGUGGGACCCAUAGUGAUGGAGGUGGGCAGAUUUAAAGCCGGGCCCUUCCACUCUGAGAGGAGGUUCUCACAGAGCAGUCAGAUGAGUGAAACAGACAGCUGCAAGGUGACCCCUCGCUCUCUGUCAGCCUCCUCUGGAAGCCUCAAAGUGGACUGUGACAGCUUACAACACACAAAUCAGGAGUCACUGGACCACCAGCAGAUCAGAAGUGUUGAAUUCACAAAGGGCCCCACUGACUCAUUGGGCAUCAGUAUUGCGGGUGGAGUGGGCAGUCCUCUGGGUGAUGUGCCCAUCUUCAUCGCCAUGAUGAACCCUACUAGCCUCGCUGUCCAGACACACAAACUCAAGAUCGGUGACAGGAUUGUCAGUAUCUGUGGGACCGCUACUGAGGGUAUGAGCCACAGCCAGGCCGUCACCCUGCUGAAGAACGCCACCGGCACCAUCGAGCUGCAGGUGGUAGCAGGGGGUGAUACCACAGUGACCGGCCCCUCUCAGGAGCAGACAGCUGCCGGACUCUCAGUCUCAGGCCUUACUGCUACUAGCAUCUUCCACGACGACCUGGGACCUCCUCAAUAUAAGACCAUUACACUGGAAAGAGGCCCAGACGGACUGGGCUUCAGCAUUGUUGGUGGCUUUGGAAGCCCACACGGAGACCUGCCCAUUUAUGUGAAAACCGUGUUCGGAAAGGGAGCAGCGUCAGAGGACGGGCGUCUGAAGCGGGGGGAUCAGAUUAUGGCUGUUAAUGAACAGAGUCUGGAGGGGGUCACCCACGAGGAUGCCGUGGGCAUCCUGAAGAGGACCAAAGGAACAAUCACCCUCACUGUGCUCUCCUAGAUACACGCGCGCACACACACACACACACACACACACCUUACUCUACACUCAUAGACAAAGAAUCAUACCUUGAGGUAGGCACACAUACACACCUAAAAUAAGAUAUACUGUACAAGAAAUGUGAACACACACUACCAUAUGUUCCUAACCGCUAAGCUUGUUUUGUAGCAAGAAACACUGUGUACCAUAUUAUUUGAAGCUACUGCAGGUAGACUGAAGUAUUCACAGGACACUGUGGCUCCGAUCAUUUAUACUCUAGUUUUCUAUGCUCAGACAUGGACUGUAGUGUUGUGAUAUUUAGGGUUAAAAGCCCUUGGAAAUAAUUAUAUAGAAUGAGGGACAUUAUUUAAGGCUUAUGCUACUGUAAACUGCUGUCUGUCCACUUCCAUAUUGAAGUCACUGUCGUUCUAGCGAACGUAGCCAAGAGACAAUGAGCAAGUCUACAUCUAGACUCUUUCAAUAACAUUUGAAUCAUGUUUUGAGUAAUGUUUUAUCUGUGAUGCAAAGCACCUUUUCAGAAGGGACAUGGUCUGAAAUAUUUGGUUUCUUGGUCAGACGUUAUACAGACCAAGUCUGGAAGUGUUUGUACAUGGUCACACUCAGGGAAAGGAGAGUGUGGAUGAGACAUUCACUGAAAGGUAGUGCUGCUAAUGCACAUGAUGAUGUAAAGCAUUGUUUUACAGUAUUUUAACGUUCAAGUAUUAAUCUGUUGUUUCUGUCUUGACCGUACUUUGUCAUAAUAUGAUAGUAGGUGAAACCAGCUAACUUCUAUGGUAUUUCUCAGCGGUCUCCAACCCUGGUCCUGGAGAGCUACUGGGUAUGCAGGCUUUUGUUCCCACCUAGCAAUAGCACAGCUGUUUCACAUAGUCAACCAUUGACAGUCUUCAAAAUGGACCACAAUUAGCCGAAUCAAGUGUGUUAGUGAUGGGCUGGAACAAUAGCCUGUACACCCGGUCAGUCUCUUGGGUAGGAGUUGGAGCUCCCUAUCUAUCUCGAACCAUUAGAUGGAUACCCUAUGUUCUAGUUUCACAAUAAUGGAUCCCCUAUUCAACAUGGUGUCAGUCACACACUUGUCACCGUAUAUGUGUACUUAGUACUUUCAGCAUAGCAUUGAGUUGUUCACAGGCUGAAUUAAUAAAAGUGACCUUCAAACCCCAGUUA